AGGAGAGGAAACAUCAACUUGCAGAGGAGAUGCGCGCGCAAAACCUCUGAUUCCUCCUCCUCCCCCUCCUCCUCCUCUCAUCUCCCACCAGGAGCAUCCCUCCCUCCAAACAUUCAAACACAAGCCGACGGGUAACCCAGGCAAGAAGGCGCGUGCACACACACACGCACGGAGGUUAUUGACACAAACCGGUCACGAUGCGCGGAUUUCCCCGCCGUGCAGGGACACGCGUGGGAUUUAUGGUGGUGCUGAACGCGCUGCUGCUGCUGUUGGGGACGGCGACGCAGGCUGCGGAGAGGCACUCCACGGAGCAUGUUGUGGUCCAGUUGCGCGAGGAGGCGCCGGAGGAGGAGGUGCAUCAACUUGCAGCGCAACAUGGGUACCAGAGUGCUCGCAAGGUGGCCUUUGGAAAGGGGCUUUACCACUUCUAUCCUCAGGAUACCUCCUCCAAGAGGAGGAGCAAACGCAGCGCUCAUGGGAGACAGCGGCUCCAGAAAGACAACAGGGUGAAGAACAUUCUGGACCAAGAUGGGUUUAAUCGUCAGAAACGUGGCUACCGAAGUUUAGACGACAUGGAAGUGAAUAUAAGCGACCCGCUGUUCACCAAACAGUGGUACCUGAUCAACACAGGCCAGGCAGACGGGACUCCCGGGCUGGAUCUUAAUGUGGCUGAAGCCUGGCAACUGGGCUACACGGGCCAAGGAGUCACCAUUGCGAUCAUGGAUGAUGGCAUCGACUAUCUGCAUCCAGACCUGGCAUCUAAUUAUAAUGCAGAUGCCAGUUAUGACUUCAGCAGCAAUGACCCGUAUCCAUUUCCACGCUACACUGAUGACUGGUUCAACAGUCACGGCACACGGUGUGCCGGGGAAGUGUCGGCAGCAGCCAAUAACAACAUCUGCGGCGUGGGAGUCGCCUACAACUCCAAGGUGGCAGGUAUCAGGAUGUUGGACCAGCCAUUCAUGACGGACAUAAUUGAGGCCUCAUCCAUCAGCCACAUGCCUCAAGUCAUUGACAUCUACAGUGCCAGCUGGGGGCCCACUGAUGACGGCAAGACUGUGGAUGGACCCAGAGAGUUAACCCUUCAGGCUAUGGCUGACGGUGUCAACAAAGGGCGAGGAGGCAAAGGCAGCAUCUACGUGUGGGCAUCGGGAGACGGCGGUAGCUAUGACGACUGCAAUUGCGAUGGUUACGCCUCGAGUAUGUGGACCAUUUCCAUCAACUCGGCCAUCAACGACGGACGCACAGCCCUCUACGACGAGAGCUGCUCCUCCACGCUGGCGUCCACCUUCAGCAACGGACGCAAGAGGAACCCAGAGGCUGGCGUCGCCACCACCGACCUCUAUGGGAACUGCACGCUACGCCACUCAGGAACAUCAGCAGCAGCUCCAGAGGCCGCUGGAGUGUUCGCUCUGGCUCUCGAGGCAAACCCCGACCUGACCUGGAGAGACAUGCAGCACCUUUCAGUGCUGACCUCUAAGCGGAACCAGCUCCACGACGAGGUCCACCAGUGGAGGAGGAACGGCGUGGGCCUGGAGUUCAACCACCUGUUUGGCUAUGGCGUGCUGGAUGCCGGGGGCAUGGUGAAAAUGGCCAAAGAGUGGAAGACAGUGCCCGAACGCUUCCACUGCGUGGCCGGAUCUCUCCAGGAGAACCAUAAAAUCCAAUCCGGCAACAAAUUGGUGCUCGGCAUUUCCACCGAAGCCUGCCAGGGCAAGGACAACUUCGUCCGCUACCUGGAGCACGUACAGGCGGUGAUCACUGUCAACACCAGCCGCCGCGGCGACCUCAAUGUCAACAUGACCUCGCCCAUGGGCACCAAGUCCAUCCUGCUGAGCCGACGGCCCCGCGACAACGACUCCAAGGUGGGCUUCGACAAGUGGCCCUUCAUGACCACGCACACCUGGGGCGAGGACCCGCGCGGGACCUGGGUCCUGGAGGUGGGCUUCCGGGGCGAGGAGCUUCAACGCGGCGUCCUGAAGGAGUGGACGCUCAUGCUGCACGGAACACAAAGUGCCCCUUACAUAGACCAGAAAGUACGUGACUACCAGUCUAAGCUGGCCAUGUCCAAGAAGGAGGAGCUGGAGGAGGAGCUGGACGAGGCCGUGGAGAGAAGCUUGAAGAGCUUGCUGAGGAAAGCCGACUGAAAAAACCCACCUGCAUGUGUUGCUCUCAUCGCAUCCUGUCUCGAGUAUUUCUUUCGAACCCCCUCCUCACUCUGCUUUUUGCACUUUCAGUUUCGACCUUCAAUGAAUGUUUAUCAAUAAAAGUACAGUAUAUCUUUCAGUAAUUAACACAGAGAAACUAUAUUAUCAUUUUUACACUUGAACACAACAGUACAUAAACCAAAGGGUCCACUCUUGCGCUUUAAUUGUCCCGCACCUCUCUCGCGCUUUUUCUGUCUCUUCUGCCAAUUGUUGUACAGGUUGUGACUGUAAAUGAUUCAGUGUCAUCCUCCUUCACGUUUCUGUUUAUAAUUUUGUGACAUGCGCCGUUUGUACAAACGACAAAGAGAGGAAUUCAUUUGCAGCCUGUGCUCCUCCGUUUGUAUUUCAUAACCUUUGAUGUAUACUAUAAUAAAUUUAUCCAGCUGUUUAUUAAAGCACUCG